AUGGCUACCGCUGCAGUUCACCAGCCGCACGACGUCCCGACGACGAUGAACUACUACAUCCCUAUUGGCGAAGACGCGCCAUACCGGUAUGUGCAGAGCCCGCCCGAGGGCGUCCCCUUGCACAACAUCGGCAGGGAGCCGCACCCCGUUGUCGUGCAUAACGUGCGCGGGCACGAGGCCGACUUCUUGAUCGACACCACGGGCUUCCAGUAUGUGAAGCACGUUAGCGCUGAGAAGGAGUUCGACGACGAGAAGCGCAUCACGGAUGUGUACUACAAGGAAGUCGAGGAACUUUUGAAGAAGGAGGUGGGCGCAAAGCGUGUCUUCAUUUUUGACCACACUAUCAGGCGUGGGCCAGCGGAACUCGUCCACAUUGACCAGACGUACGACGCGUCCGUGAAGCGUGUCCAAUAUCACCUCGGUGACGAAGCAGACCGCCUGCUGCAGGGGCGCGUUCGCAUCAUCAACGUCUGGCGCCCUAUCCACCACCCCGCCGCGCACAAGCCGCUCGCCGUUUCUGACUGGCGUUUCCUCGAUGAGACGCACGACCUCGUGCCUGCACGCCUCAUCUACCCGCACCGUGAAGGCAGCACGUUCAGUGUGCGCUAUAACCCGAAGCAUCAAUGGUACUAUCUGUCGAACCAGACGCCUGAAGAGGUGCUACUGAUCAAGUGCUACGACUCGGAUGUUGACAAGGCACGGUUGACUCCGCACACCGCAUUCCCGGAUACGACGAGCCCGCCGGAGGCACCGCACCGCGAGUCUAUCGAGGUCCGCUGCCUUGUGUUUGACAGGGAGUAG